GGGGAAGGACCUCUCCUAUAUAAAGGCGGCGUCGCGCAUUCUUGGAUGGAUUGGGGUGAGGAGAGGAUGGCACUCAAGAGUGCCCCUUCCUCGGGUAUCAUGGGGACCACCGUGGCCAGCGAGCGGAGCUAUUGGAACGGCUUGACCACGUUGCAGAAGGUGGCGUUGGCCCUUGGGAUCCCAGCCAGCGGCGCCAUCCUCUACAUCCUUUACCGCCGUUACCGGGAGAGUCAAGAAGAGCGAAUCACCUUUGUGGGAGAAGAGGAUAUGCAAGUGUCGUUGAAGGUUCCAAAGGAAGCCGUGAAGUUCAUCAUUGGGCGGCAGGGGGCCCAAAUCAAGCAGCUGAGGAAGGACACCCAAGCCCGCAUCGACAUUGACAUGGAGGAGUCCAGCGAGGAGCGCCUGAUCCGCAUCUGGGGCUCCCCGGUCCAGGUGUGCAUGGCCAAAGCCGCCAUCCAUAAGCUCUUGGUGGAGAGUUUGCCCGUGCAGGAGAAGAUCGAGGUGCCCCACCGGGCCAUCGGACGCAUCAUUGGUCGCGGCGGGGAGACCGUGCGCAACAUCUGCAAAAACACGGGGGCCAAAGUGGAAUGCGGGUCUAAGAGCGGCACCCAGGAUGGCGAAGAGGCCCUCUGCCUCACUCGGACCAUCACUGUUUCCGGCACUCGCAAGGAAGUCGACGCAGCCAAGGACCUGAUCAUGGAGAAAGUUUCGGAAGAGGAGACCUUUCGCAGGAAGCUGUCUCAGUCGGCUUCGGUGCGCUUUCUGCACAAGCAGCCCUUGGGCAAGAGGCAGGAGGGAGUUGCCAAGGACCAAAGUGGGUUGCCUCCCUUGGAGAGAGAGCUGCCCAGUCGGGUGCCGAACCUACAGCCUGGGGAAGGGGCUGGAGAAAGAGGAAGAAUCCCUGAGCACCCCCCAGACCUAGGCCAGGAGCUGAGGAGUGAAGACGCAUCCCCCGAGGAGUCCCUGUCAGCUGCCUCUGCCUUUGAGGUCCCCAGCCCUGAUUUCAGCUUCCACGCGAACGAGCUCUUGGAGGUCUACGUCUCGGCCUCGGAGAGUCCCAACCACUUCUGGAUCCAGAUCCUCGGCUCCCGGGCUCUCCAGCUGAACAAGCUCAUCUUGGAAAUGACGCAGUACUACGGGAGCGGCGAUGGCCUGCCUGAAUUGCCCGGGGCGCACAUGGGAGACUUAGUGGCCGCCCGGCACUCGAACGAUUCCUGCUGGUACCGAGCCAAAGUCCUGGACGUCCUGGAGAACAAAAACCUGGAUCUUUACUAUGUGGAUUUUGGAGACAACGGAGAGGCGCCCUUGGAGGCGCUCCGGCCAUUAAGGAGCGACUUCCUGAGCCUCCCUUUCCAAGCCAUUGAGUGCAGCCUUGCCGGCAUCGCUCCGGCCGGAGGUCAGUGGGAAGAGGCCGCCCUCAACGAGUUUGACCGCCUCACCCAUUGUGCCCAGUGGGAGCUCUUGGUGGCCAAGAUCUGCAGCUACGUGCCUUCUGGAAGCACCACCUGGCCCCACAUCCGACUGUAUGACACCAGCGGGGAUCAGAACGUCGAUGUGGGCGCAGAACUGAUUCGCUUGGGCUACGCAGUGCCAAGCCUGCAGGAGGGCGAUGGUGGCGGCAUGGGAGACGGAUGGCACCAGCUGACCAAAGAGGGGAACAUGGUGGAGGCCUCCCUGGAAAACCUGUCCGAUAUGCAGAAAACUCCGGAUGAGAUGCCUCUCUCCUUGUCCUGUGUCAGCCUUUCAGAUGUCGCCUCUGUGUCGGAGAGCGGGGAUGUCGGGGACCCCUCAUUGACUCCUUUGGCUUCAGGAAUGGCGGACGUUCCACCCGAGAGAGAGCACGUGGCAAGGCAGAAGCAGCAGCACAUCCCAUGACCAGCCCAGGAGAGCAUCUCGCCAUCUUGGUGGGCAUCUGCUUUUUGGCACAGGAUGCAACAGGACUCCGCUGCUUGAUGAAUGUCUUGCAUGCGCCGCCAUUUUGAAUGUGUUUGUUUGUGUUCGAAUAACGGGGGUUAGGAGACCCUCAAGGUUUUUCUGUUGAGAUGUCAAUUGAAGCAAAGAUUUUGUGGCGAGUUGGUUCCCCCCUCCCCUUGAUUGUGACCCCCUUUACUAAAGAAGACUCAAAUAUGGCCGCUUGAACGUUUCCUGCCAAUGGUUGGGAAGGUUAAAAGGUGGAGGUCGGCUACCCUUCCCUGGUUUUACGUUUUCACAGCGGAGAGAAGGGAAAGUGUCUAACUUUUGGGUUGUUGUGAAUUUUCUGGGCGGUCCGGUGGAGUCUCCUGUGGAGGCUUUGAAGCAGAGGCUGGAUGGCCAUCUGCUGGGAGGGCUUUGAUUGUGUUGCUGUGAGUUUUCUGGGCUGUAUGGCCAUGUUCGAGAAGCAUUCUCUCCUGACAUUUUGCCCACAUCUGUGGCAAGCAUCCUCAGAGGUUGUGAGGUAACAACCCAGUUAUUCUGGCCAAGAAAACACAUUGUCUUCCUUUUGUUUCAUGUUCACCGUUGUUGCCUGACAGAUGGAUUUAAGAAUUGCACAUUUCUGGGUCGAAGAUGUAAUAAAUUAAGACGUACUACUUCUUAA